CGACGAUGACAACAGCGACGAUGGCAACAGCGACGAUGACAACAGCGACGAUGAGCGACAAGCUGCUGGCUCCGCUAGAGAAGUCUCGGGACGCGAGGACCGGCUGCCUGAAGAAUGUCUGCCUCUUCCUUCUCUCGCUGUCCGUCCUCGUGCCGCUCGGGCUGGUGGCCAGCGCGGCCGUCGCGGGCCGGCCGCUUACCCACCAGGGCGUGACGCAGCCGCUCAGCGGCCUCAACUUUGCACUCAUGCGCUUCGCCCGCGACAUCUCUCGUGCAAAGGCACGCCGGCGCCGCUUCAACCAGCGAUACGCUCUGGUGCCGCUGCUGCUGGGGAAGGAGGAGCCGCUGCCGCUGGGCGACCCGGACAGCUGCGUCGGCUGCAUCUCCUUCACGCGGGACGAGCUCGCAGAGUUUGACGGCCGGCCGCUCCCCGACGGCUCUCCGUCGCCGCUCUACCUGUCUGUCCUCGGUCGGGUGUACGACGUUAGCAGCGGCGGCGCCUUCUACGGGCCGGGCAAGUCGUACCACAAGCUGGUCGGCAAGGACGCCACUAGAGCCUUUUGCACCGGAUGCCUCGCGCCCUCGUGCCUCAUCUCGUCGACCGCCCACCUCUCCGAGACGCAGAGGCGCGAGGCGCACCGGUGGGUCGAGCUGUACGAGUGGCACGACAAGUACACCCUCGUCGGCCGUCUCCGCGAAGAGGCGGCCGACCCGGCGGAGGAGGAGAUGGCGCUCUUCCACGCGCUCGAGGCGGAGCUCAGCGGCAACCACAGGCCGUUCGAGAUGUGACAUGUAUUGAUGGGUGGGUUGGAAAAGCGGCGUCACAGAUUUGCUAACUCCGCUGUGUGUGCUUGCAGUGUGCUCGGGCCCCGCCGCCCCGGCGCACGGUUGCUGUCUGUGUGUGCCCCCAUGACGCACGUCUGCCAGUGCGGGGCCGACGCGUGUUUAUAACACAUAAAGCCGUAUACUCUGAGAGGGCC